CUUGCCGAAGACAACAGCAAAAAGUCGUGUUAAUAUUUUCCCUUUUACUAAGAACACAAUGACCUUCACUCUAAGUGUACUUUCCGUAAGUGCUUCUGCUACAUCGGACAUCAUCCGCGCCGGCCUUAAGUAGCAAUCGUGUCAUUUUUCGCCGCCAGUCAGUAUCUUGGCGUGUUCGCGUCUUUUCUCUGCGGCUGCUGGGUUCCAGUACCCGUCGAUCCUCUGGAGCGGAGUAUCACAGAUUCCUGUUGCCGUCUAGCAGAACCAUGGAGCUGGCCACGACCCCAGAGAAAGAGCCGAUACCAGAAGGAAAGGCGUGGCCUCAGUACCUCGCCGCAGGUCUCGGGUCGCUGACGAUGCUGUGCACGGGCACCGUGCUGAGCUGGGCCUCCCCCGGCCUGCCGCACCUGCGGCGAGGGGACAACACCUCGGCGGGGCUGAGCGGCGAGCAGGCCUCGUGGGUGGGCGCCGCGACGCCGUUGGGCGCCGUGGCGGGGUCUCUGUGCGCCGGACGCCUCGCCGACAUCCUGGGCCGUCGCAACCUCCUGCUGCUGCUCGCCGCGCCCUACCUGCUGGGCUGGGCGCUGGUCGCGCUCGCCGGCUUCCGCGCGCCGCUGCUGUGCGCCGGCCGGCUCGUGUCCGGACUGUCAACGGGCGUGGCGACGGUGGCGCUCGCCAUCUACAGCGAGGAGAUCUCCGAGGUGCGGGUGCGCGGGCGCCUGGGCUGCCUGCUGGACUUCAUGAUCGCCACGGGCUUCCUCGUCUUCUACGUGCUGCAGAGCUGCCUGGGGCUGGGCCUGGCCACGGCGAUCUGCGCCGCGACGCCCGUCGUCUUCUUCUGCAGCUUCGUGUGGAUGCCCGAGUCGCCCGUCCACCUGCUGCGCCGUGGGCAGGACGCCCGCGCCGCCGAGGCUCUGGGGUUCCUGCGGGGAGCCGGCCACGACGUGGCGCCCGAGCUGUGUGCCAUGAGGGACUACCUCGACGACAAGUUCUCCGUCGAGGGCCCCGACGCGCGGCGCGUCCAGGACUGCCUCUUCCGCCGCGGCGUCGGAGGAGGAGGAGGCUCCAACACGGCCGCCGCCGCGCGCAUCUCCAUCGGCCUCGCCGUGGUCGCCCAGCUGACGGGGAUCCAGCCCGUCAACUACAACACCGUCGACAUCUUCCGCCGCGGGCGGUCCUCCGUGGACGCCGACACCGCGGACAUGAUCUACUCGAGCGGGCAGUGCCUGGCGGCGCUGGCGGCGCUCCUGCUGGUCGACUCCCUGGGGCGGCGCGUCGUGCUGCUGACCUCCGCUGCCGGCAUGCUGCUGUCGGCGCUGCUGCUGUGCGCGCACUCCUCGCUCGAGGACAGCGACGGCUACAUCGCGCGCUUCGGCUGGGUGCCCUGCUUCGCCGUCAGCACCUUCACGGCGUCCAACGGCUUCGGCCUGGGCCCCGUGCCGUGGUUCGUGAUGGCCGAGCUGUCGCCCGCCGAGGCCAAGGGCUGGAUCAGCUCGACCUGCGUGUGCGUGAGCUGGGCCUUCCAGUUCGCCACGGCCAAGAUGUACAGCGUGAUGACCGCCGGCCUGGGCGACGCCCUCACCUUCGCCGUGUUCGCGGCGACCUCCCUGCUCGCCGUGGUGUUCGUGGCGCUGUGCGUGCCCGAGACCCGGGGCAAGACCCGCGCGCAGAUCCAGCGCGAGCUGCAGGCCAGGGCGCGGGGCGGCUGCAGCUGGUGGAGACCGCCUGGUCCGCAGCGCGUCGUCGAGGCCAGCGCGUAGCCGCAUCUUCUUGGCUCCUCGUGCAAUCGCCUUGCGGCGUUUCCGAACCGCCCUAUUCGACACAGCAGUCCGUUAUUGCGACGUUUCGGCAGUCGUCGCAGCUGCCAUCACCAGCAAGACGUGCCUACCUGAUGAUGGCAGCUGUAAAAUACUGCCGAAACGUCGCAAGACAAAUUACACCUGACAUGGCCCACACCCAGGAGCCGAGAAAUCGCAGACGAUGGCCGUAAAAACCUGCGAUCUUUAUUCAUCGAAUAAAUACUGUUAAGAUGUUGCUUUGAUCACACGCCAUUGCUCGUUACACUGUACGUCAUGAGAACACCUCAAUAACUGACAAAAAAAAAGAAUAAGCAAACACACGAAAACUAGCCGAAAUCAGGCGAUGUCAAAAAUUUUAAAGCACAGACAGCACAGAAAAUACAGAAAUUAAGUAUGUCAAAAAAUAGCAUCUUUAAUUAAUAUUCACCAUUGCAAGGACCAUUCAAAGUACGUAUGAAAUAUUUUAUUAUAUUUUUUCGAGUUUCAAUGAAUUGUUCUUAUUAUAUUUUUUUGACCAGAGAAUAUGAGCUGCGCAAUGUUACAACAUGUACUUAUUAUGUUGACCGUCAUUUACAAAUCGUAAAUCAAUGUUGGAGCUAUGCAUAUGUGGAAAUAGCAGGUCAAUAUCAGCACAAAACUUUACACCAAAUGUCAAGGUUUGUAAUUUUUUUCCCUUUUAUAUGUGCAGUAAGUUACCAAACUAAGUAAAUUUCGUUUAAUAAAGUUCAUAUUGUAAUACAAAAGAAACCAUAUACAUUGAUAAAACCCAUUACAUCAUUUCUUGUUUCCUGAAAACUAUAUAUUAAAAAUAGUGCUGUAAAUGUUGUUCAUGCCUUGUUAAUUUAAUUUUGCGCAGUCGUGGGCAGAGAUGGUUUUCAUCAGCUGAUUCUAAGCAUUAAAAAUACUUGAAAGUAAUGUAAGUGUUUACCUAUGAGUAUGGGCAUGCAGAUUUCGCGAAAAGAUUUAGGGACUAGAUGAAAGUUAAAACACUGUAGCUGUUCACAAAACUGAAUUGGAACUAAUAGUUUAGCUGCAUGACGCCCAGCAAUGCGGAGAAAUGGUAAACGACUAACGAAACUAUUUACAGAUGGCACUGCUGAACACGACGGCCGCCACAGUGGCGCACUCACGAUCGAUGGCGCCAAAUUCAAAUAUCCAAACCACCACACAUUCUAUUACUACGCCCAAACAUACCGCCCACCAAAACUAACAUUUUUUAUGUUUCACUACACUGGUUCUUAGUUGACUGGCAACCGACACAUAUUAUCACUGGCCGCUUCACCACUCGAAGCUGCUGUUUGAUGGUAGCUACUCUUGACACACCAUCCUGACCAGGAUGUAGGGUUGUAACGCGGCCGAGUUGCCACUGCAGGGGUGGAAGGUGGUCUUCUUUGAUGAGGACAAGGUCACCAACCUGCAGGUCACCUUCCCUUUUUGCCCACUUGCAACGUGGUUGUAGAGUGUGCAAAUAUUCCUUGUGCCACCGCUGCCAGAAGUGCUGUGAUGCACUCUGUACCAGCUGCCAUCUGUCUAAUCUGUUGGUCUGAAUUUCCGUGAGGUCUGCAGCUGGAGGAGAUGUCAGAGAAGUGCCAACAAGGAAGUGUGCUGGCGUAAGGGCCUCCAUGUCAUUUGGGUCUGAUUAAAUGGCACAGAGUGGCUGUGAAUUGAGGACAGCUUCAGUUUGAGUGAACAAAGUCGACAGCUCUUCAAAGGUGAGUAUCUGCUGGCCAACGACUCUCUUGAGAUGGUACUUCGCAGACUUGAUGCUUGUCUCCCACAGACAUCCAAAAUGUGGCGCAGAUGGAGGAUUGAGGUUCCACUGAAUCCCACGAGUAGCCAGAGUAUCUGCCACACAAUGCCAGUUAGAGGUGUUCUUCAGGUACCUUUCAAGGUCAUUGAAGUAGCGACGUGCCCCUAUGAAGUUUGUUCAACAAUCUGAAAAAAACAGCAUUACAGAGUCCACGCCCAUUUAAGUAGGCAGUGGUACUCAAUGAUGAAACAAAUUCCAAGUGUACUGCCUUAGUUGCUAAGCAUAUGAAUAAUCACAGGUAGGCCUUGGAUGAACGACUGUUCGACCAUUCGAAAGCCUGACUUAGAAAGGGCCCCCAUAGUCAACACCCACAUUCAGAAAUGGUCUUGUUUGUUGCACUCGACUUGGUGGAAGAUUUCCCAUGGAUGGCUGCACAUUGGUGGCUCUGAAUCUGUAACAUUUUACACAGGCGUGUAUCCUAGUCUUGACAGCUCCUCUACCUGCCACUAUCCAGUACUCACACCGAAUUGCAGCAUGUGUGGCACUGGGGCCAGCAUGAAGGUGUAAGAUAUGAUAGUAGUCAAUAAUCAUUUCUGUUACAAAACUCCUUUUGGGAAGCAGGACUUGAUGUUUCAUUCCAUAGGCUAUAUGUGAAUUCUGCAGGCGUCCACCUACACGGAUGAUCCCAUCAGCAUCAAUGAAUGGCUGUAGUCUUUUAAUUCCAGAAGAACAUUCGCGAGCUGCAGCCAAACAAUCAAACUCUAAUUUGAAAUUCUCUUGCUUAAGCUGCUUCAAGCACACCUUCUUGGCAGCGUCAAUUUCUGCUACAGUGAGAGGACCUGUAUGUCACAACUCCCUUGAAACCUUAAAAUUUAAUGCAAAUCUCAACACAUACGCAAGUACUCUUUGCAGUCAUGAUCAGGACGAAAACCUACAAAGGAUGUUAAGAAUGUUCGGUAUACACUGACCAACCAAUGAGACUAGCGUGAUUGCCUUCAACUCCUCUUUACCUUCCUCUGAACUGGUAUAUCCUUGACUGGGUCAUAAAUCCACCUCUGCUGUCAACCAACCUGGCCCAGUCCACCAAAGUGGGUGUGUUAGAAGCUCCUUGGGUGAGAGUCAUCUUGAUGCACAGUCUGCAGCAUUUUCAGCAGAGGAAACAUGUCUCCAGUGGACUGGAACCUUGCUCUCCUGAAUACGAGAAACUCUGUUCGCCACAAAUGUUUUCAGCCGAUGUGGUGGAAUCUUAAUCCAAGCAAGCACUACGGUCGAGUCACACCAUGCAUAAAUGCAACUUAUAUGGAUUCGCUCGGACAGUGUUGUGAUCAGUGAUUCAAUCAAUUUGAUAAGCAAGAGUGCAGCCCGCAAUUCAAGUCGCGGAAGUGUGACAGUCUUCAGUGGUGCAACACGUGACUUGGCGAGAAGCAAAUGUGAUUUUGUUUCACCUUGGCUAGUAGUCCGCAAAUACACAACAGCUGCGUAACCCUCAUUGGAUGCAUCACCAAAACCAUGGAGCUGGUAUUCAGACUGUGGUGCAGAAACAAGACGAGGUAUGGACACCAUGCUUAGGACAUCCAACUGGCCAAUGAAAACAUGCCAAUUGGCAACUAAGUCUAGUGGUGGGGUUUCGUUCCAAGAAACUCCCAGCAACCAAAGCCUUUGGAGAAAGAUUUUGACUCGAAUGAUAACUGGAGUAAUCCACCCUAGCGGAUCAUAUAACCUAGCAAUUUCUGAAAGGAUGGUUCUCUUGGUGACUGUUGCACUAGCAUGCUGAACAUGGUAUGAGAAAACGUCUGCCUUCCAAUCCCAUUGAAGACCAAGUACCUUAAUAACUUCAUUGCUACCAUGAAAACUAAGUGGACUCUCCCUGUGAUCUUCUGGAACUGCAUCCAAAACGGCCUUACUAUUACUGGACCAUUUUCUUAGUUCGAAACCACCUUGUUUCAGGAGAUUUAUUAAUUCUUGCUGUAACGCGAGAGCUUCCGUGACUGAUGCUGCACCAGUCACAAUAUCAUCUACGAACACGUCAUCCAUCACAACCCUUGCUGCCAUCGGAUACCGAGGACCCUCUUCCAUUACAAGUUGCUGUAAGGCUCUCAUCGCCAUAAAUGGAGCAGCUGAGACUCCGUAAGUGACAGUGUCCAGUUGGAAUUCACGUAUUGGUUGGUCAGGGUUCUCCCUCCACAGAAUUACUUGGUAUUGUGCAUCGUCUGGAUGCAUGAGAACCUGACGAUACAUUUUGCAGAUGUCUGUAGUUAAUACCACACAGUGAUGAUGGAAGUGAGUGAUUAUAUCCACAAUGUAAUUUAGAGGCUUGGGUCCAGUCAUCAAAACAUCAUUGAGUGACUUCCCUGAAGUGGAGCGAGUUGAGGCAUCAAACACCACUCGUAACUUUGUUGUUGAGCUGGAUUCCUUGCACACAUAGUGAUGAGGGAUAUAGUAACGACGUUACUGACCAGUUGCAUUAUCUAGACAAUGCAUGUGCCCCAGUUGCUCAUAUUCACGGAGGAACUUGCAAUAUUCGGUAUAGGCUUCCGGUUGGUGAUGUAGUCUGGAUUCCAACUGACGUAACCUCUUAACUGAAUGACUACGUGUAUCUCCUAAAUCUGGGUCUCUCUCCUUAAAUGGUAGUCUCAGUACAAAUCUUCCUUCUGGGUUUCGUGAGUGAGUUUCAACAAAAUGAUUCUCACAUUUUAUGUCUUCUAGGCUGGAAUGCUGGACAGAUGGUAACUCCUCGGUCUCCCAGAACUUGCGGAUGGUAUCUGUUAGGGCUGUAUCCGAUGACGCUUACAUUGAGACAACACCAUUACUGGAAGUAUCUGCAACCUGAGUCACCUUACCCAUAAUAACCCAACCAAAUAUACUGUGCAACGCUAUGGGAACUCCCUUCGAAGGCUGGUACCGCCCACCAUCUAACACAUCUGGAUAUACAUCAGCACCAAGAAGGAUAUCAAUUGCUCUUGGAGUAUCAAAAGAUGGGUCUGCUAGUUCCAGAUGUCGAUACAUGUCUGUCACAUGGUGGGGAAGGGGAAUGGUGGGUAAAUUGGCAGCUAUGUUCUUCAACACUAAAGCAUCAGUAACAAUGUCAGUUCCUACACCCUUUCAUGAUGUUAGAAAACAAGUAACUGCACCACUGUUAGCAACAACAGAGUGAGCCAGACCCACAACAGGAACCUUAGCCCUUUGACACUUUAUCCCCAACCUAUGAACACAUUCUUCGGUGAUAAAUGAGCUCUGCGAUCCUGAAUCGAGUAGCGCUUGAACAUUUUGCAGCAUUCCCCUUGCAUCCUGGACUCGUACCAUAGCAGUACCUAGAACGAUAGUGGUUGAAACUGCAGUUGAAGAAGUUAGUGAUACCACUGCCGCAGCAUCCUCCUUGUGACUUGCUUGUGGCAUAGUAAUUUCUUGGGUGGAUUCACCUGCUGGUAGUUUCACUUCUUGAUUGGGAACCGCAGUGUGAAGGAGAGAAUGGUGUCUCCUGCCGCAGUGAUAACAGUUUCUUCUUGACCUGCAAUCCUUCACUCUGUGACCUUGUAAGCAGUUAAAACACAGCAUCUUCCUACGUACAAACUCUAUCCUGUCAUCGCUUGACUGACCCGUAAAAACAGGGCACUUGUGAAGUCCAUGCAUGUCUCCACAGGCUAUACAGGUCUCAGCUUCUGCUGUCACUAGAAAUGAGGAUUUAAAAUUUGGGUUUUGAGGCAGUGAUCUCUUUGGAAAAGGGCGUGCGGCAGGCACUACAGCUGGAGUGUGAUUUGACAUCAUCAAGGCCUUAGACUGCAGCUCCACGAACUCUAACAAUUGAUUAAAUGUGGGCAUUUGAACAUUUUUGUGAGCUAUUUCAAACUGAUUUCUUGUAUCUGGAUCAAGCUUGCGUAACAUUAGAUUUAGCAACACAAAGCUCCAUUCAGUAACAGGCAAUUUGAGAACUUUCAAGGCACCCAGAUUCUCCUUUAGAGUAUCUACCAUAUUUCUCAGUUUGUCAGUCGCGACAAUUGACAGACGAGGAAGUUGCACAAUCUUGUCCCAAUGCAUGUUUGCAAUUGCCCGGACAUUGUGAUACCUAUCUACCAAAGUUUGCCAUGCCAGAAUAUAAUUUUCCUUAGACAGUGUGAGUGUCUUUAUUAGAUUAAAUGGCUCACCUGAUAGUGAUGUAAGGAGGUAUUGGUGUUUCUCCACAUCUGACAGGCCCUCAUUAUUAUGCACCAAGGAUGUGAAAAAGUCAUAAAAUGUGAGCCAGUCAGUCAAGAGACCCUUGAAUUCUAGCAACUGCAGCUUCGGAAACUUAACGUUCGAAGAUGUCUUGGCAAUUAGAUUGCGUUGUUUGUUCUGGUCUGUUUCGUUUACAGUGAGCUUGUUAAAUACUUCCUGUAUCCUAUAGUAGGCUUCAUCAAAUUCCCCAAGUUCCCUUUCGCUGGCUUCAGAUUUCACUAACGACUCGGUCUUUGUAGCUUGAAUAGCAAGUUGCAUGUGAUUUUCUUCAAAGUCUGUCUUCAACUGGUGUAAAUCGGUACACGUGGCCUUGAAAAGUCCCGCGCGACUCGGGUUGCGCUCGACUUCAUCGGCGAGCGUCAGAAGUCUUGUAAUGCGGCACUUAACGAGGCGCAAACACGUUUUGGCUUGAUGUGACAUUUUAAGUAACGGUCUUGCAGACGUUCGGACGCACCGGCAAUACACGAACCAAUGCAAGAUAGGUAACCGAGGCCUAACCUAAAACCACACGUGUUGCCUAUAAUCGCUUGCACGCGAUCAAUAUUACGUAAAGUACAUUUAUGAGCACAAAUAAAACAGUGUUUGCGUAUACACUAAUAUUUUCUUGCUAGCACAACACUAUAAUCCCGGAUAAAGUCACGCACGCUAUUCGUAACGGUACUGCACGUGUCUAUUUUCGAACAAAGAAGACCGAAAUCUGAUUGGUCUUUACGUUGUUUAUGCGAUCCACCGAAUAAACUGACUCAAACAUACAGAGGACCAAAAAAUGUUCACAAAACUGAAUUGAAACUAAUAGUUUAGCUGCAUGACGCCCAGCAACGCGGAGAAACGGUAAACGACUAACGAAACUAUUUACAGAUGGCACUGCUGAACACGACGGCCGCCACAGUGGCGCACUCACGAUUGAUGGCGCCAAAUUCAAAUAUCCAAACCACCACAUAUUCUAGCACUACGCCCAUACAGUAGCAUUGUCUGUGUUUCGUGAUUGGGUGAGUUCCUCCCAGGUACAUAUCUAUUGUAACAACACCAAUCACAGUGAUUCAGUGCGGAAGUAAACGCGUCCUGAGUGGCUCGGUCAAAUAAGGCAACGACUUCUCUCGCAGACGGCCGCCAAUCACAACGAUGAAACCACAGGUGUGGCUUUACUUUGUUGCAGUCUAAUAAUUGUUCAGAUCUUUUCGCGAAAAAUACCUGCCCCUUCCUAUGAGAAUUGAUGGAGAUCACACUAUUCAAUACAAAGGCAUUUACCUUACUCACUAAGUUUUGUUUUCUCACUCUACACUCUUCCUCUGGUACACUCUGGUUCACUCUCCACUGCAUUCUGCAUUCGUCCGUAUUCACGGCACAUUGGGCUCCAUGUUAAACAUUUAUCUUGCUGACUAAUAAAUGUAAGAUACAAGAAUAAAUAUAAGUGUUUAUUAUAAUGCCACAUAUAUUUAAAAAAUUCUUUAUUGGCAAUGUUCUGAGUAAAACAAUUUUUUUUACUAAAAGAUAUUAGAUAUUUUUUUAAUCUUAGGGUAAAAAAAUUCUCGCUACUGUUCCUGAAUAGACCGUUUCGCCAUAAAAAUAUAUAUACAUCUCCGACCAAAUGCCAGGAGUGGUCAAAAGUAAACAGCAGAAAAAUCAAAAUUAAGGCUGCGUGAAUAGCAGUGGGAUAUGAAAUGUAAUUCCAAAUCAACAAAUUAUUUAAAUUCAUGAAAUUUAUAGCCAGGUGCUAACGUGCGAACAAAUACAUGAACAUGGAAAUGUAUAAGGCACACGCAUAAUCAAAAAUAAAUUACAGCUAAAAUAUGACAAAGUUUAAAAAUUAUUUUUUUUACUAAGACAAAAUGCAAAAUUAUCACUUGGGUGAUCACUCUUUUAAAAAAUGAAAGUGGCCCCCAUUAUUGAAGCAAAUAACUUGUAAAAUGAUUUUUAAAAAAACCAAUGCUUCUUAAAAAUUAGUAGAAUUUUAGCCCUAAUGCACGAACUCGACAUAAAGAGCAUUGUCUAUAGAUAUAAUUUUCUGUCAUCAGGCAACUAAAAUGAACACUUAGACACUAUAAAAACCCAAUAAAUAUUACCGCCUACGGCCUACGGGUGUUUCUUUGAGCGUGGAGUUUAAAGUUUUUAAUGCUUUUCGUAGUUUUUGUUAAACUUAGACCCUUAGCGCGAACUGGAGAUAAUAUGUAGGAUUAUUUUUUCGUCGAUUAGAAUAAAAAUACGCAACUUUUGAGCUCUAGACGUAAAAUCAACUUUUUCGUCUCAUCGUACGGCUCUCUCAGAACAUUCCACUAUCGCGUCUGCUGCUUCCACAAGACACGGAAACGUAAAAAAUGGCAACCAAUAAUAUUGCCUUUCAAGGUUAUGAAGCAUUAAUUUAAUUUAAAAAAAUAGUAAUACACUUCGAAACCAUAGCACGAGCAGAAUUGACAUCAAUAAUAAAAAUAAACGACAAAGUAAUAAUAUAGCAAUAGAUAUUAUAAUACUUACUUGAACCAUUUUUAAAGUAUUUAGAACAUAGACAAACGUGUUAUAUGUUUCGAAACAAUAGCACGAGCAGAAUCGACAUAAAUAAUAAAAAUAAACGACAAAAUAAUAAUAUAACACUAGAUAUUCUAAUACUUGAAACAUUUUAAAAGUAUUUAGAACAUAAACAAACGUAUAGCAGCCAAGUACUGGACUUGUAUAGGUCGCACGUAUAACGGAAGAGCCCAGGAUCAGGGGAUAGUCACUAAAUAGAGCCUACGAUGGCUUAUUGAAGACUGUGGAAAAGACUUGUGCCAACGUGAGAAAGCUAUUUUAAACUAAAUAACUUUAUAAUUUUAUGUUGAAUAAUUUGACUUUGAUGAAGGAAUCUGAUUUUAUUUUCGAAAUUUAAUUUAGUUUACUUGUUUAAAAUCAUUCAUGAUAAAUACAUUAUUUCUUUGAUAUUUUGAAUGUAGGUGUUGGUGUCACUAUUCGUUUAAAAAUUUAAAACUGUUAUAGUUUGAAUUUGAAACGAAUGCAAUUUGGUAUUACUUUCAGUUAUUUAAAAAUUUGAGAUGGAAAAAGUUAAGAAGAAAACUUUUGGAAGAAGAUGUUGGGUGCCACACUGCGAAAAUAUUAAGCCUAGAAACGAUGUGAAAAUUUUUAGUUUCCCUAAUGAUCCUGAAAGGUUUGUUAGAUUAUGUGUAUUUGCUGGACUUCAGAAUAAGUUAUUAAUUUGAUGUGUAAUGACAAAUUCAUGUACUUUGACAUCGGCGGCGGCGUAGUUGUCACCCCUCCUACCCAUUCCCCCUCCUUCCCCCUUUAGAUACGUCACGAUUCCUUCUCCUGCCAAUUGGUAAUUGAUCCCCCACCCUUCUGGUUUACUGCGCUUGCGCGGUUCCCCUUCUGGGGCGCUGCUUUCGAGGAUUUUAGGUGCUAGGUCUCGUGGCCUUUUCAGCUGUAGCCACCGACAGUGUCGGGUCACUUUGCAUUCGAGCAGCAUGUAGUUCCUUUUGUAACUCUUUAAGUCAGUUAGGGGUACGGUGCUGGCGAGCUCUCGACAUGGUAAGCUUCUUCGCGGAACUUGGGUUUGUGUGCUUGGGCACCUACAGGUUGUGGCCCUGUUCUUAACGUCAGGUGAUCGUUAUGUAGCUUAUUGAUAUUUCUUCUAAAUUAUUUGUUUCGGCUUGCCACUUGGAAAUUACGUUUGGCAUUCUGCAGUAGGGUAACCAUGUCGAGUAGUCUCGUGGUACGUACGGUUUUGUGGUUAAUUAAUUUUUCAAUUCUUUUCUCUUUUUUUUUGUAGUAACUGUAUCAUGCUGUGCCAGUACUAUAUUAGUCUGGUCUACGUUAACAAGUUAGGCCGUUUGUGGCAUAAUGUGCUGUAUCUAUUUGACUCUUUCUCUUUUUGACAUUCACUGCUAGCUAGUUUUGGUUUGCGAGAGUCCGAUUGCGGGACUUUAUACUGUAAACUAUAAUAGUUUAAUGUUAUGCUUAUAAAUUUGUGCAAGUUAUGGUUGUUAGUUACAGGGAUCAGUAUUAUACAGUAUUAUCAGUAUUAUAUCAGAAUUAUUCAACUAUGUAUUUUGUGAAAGAAACUAUUUUGUACCUGUUUAUAAUGUACCUAUUUGCAGUUGAAAGGAUAGUAAAGAUGACGUCAAGAUAAAAUUUAACUUUGCUUAUACCUACAAUAACACACCUCUAGUAGCCAUUCCUAAUCCAGCUUAGGACAUUGUCAUUUGUUUUCAGGUACAUAUUUUGUGAGGGUACUUUUUUAUAGUUUAUCCAUGCGUGGGUUGGAGGUUAUUUGCUGAUCUGCAACAAGUACCCUUCAGAUGGAUAGAUGAUAACCUAAGAUAUUCUCCGAAAGAUUCGAA